AUGGAUGAACGUUUCCGUGCAGAUGGAAAUAUAAGGUGUUUUCACGAGAUGAAGGCCGAAUGGGGCGUGCCUCAGCUGCUUUCGCUCGAUGUUUUCGAUGAUGUUUCCAAAGGAUAUCUGGUUGAUGACUGUUGCAUAUUUGGGGCUGAAGUUUUUGUCAUUAAACAUACUGGCAGAAUGGGGUGCCUCUCCAUGGUGAAGAAGCCACCUAAAAACGUUUACGCUUGGAGAAUCGAAAACUUGUCGGCAUUAUUGAAAUCAAAAUCGAGUAAAUUCUCAAAAGCUUUCACCGUACAAGGGAUUGUUUGGAAGUUACUCCUUACUCCAAAGGAAGAUUCGAUUUCGAAAGAGGUAGGACUUGAUGUCUAUCCGUGUAUCGCUGACAAUCGAUAUCUUACAUCUAAUCGAAAAGUACAUUCAGAGUGCGUAUUAAGGGUAAAGAAUCAGCUUGAUAUUAAGAACAGAGAGUAUACAGUUCGACACCGGUUCGGUUCUGGGCCUCAUCACGUAUAUGAUUGUUACACCAUGCUUUCAUCGAAGGAUCUCCGAGAUAGCUCAGCAGGCUCAGAGCUGAAAGAUGGAUCGACUCUGGAAGGAGAAACUGUUGUCAUGUGUACCACAAUGAGUUUCUCUUAA